AUGAGCAGCACAAUAAGGAAGUUGGACGGGAAAGUGCUGAGAAGGCUCCAAAGUCAGGUUUAUGUAACUUCUCUGGCGUCCGCGGUUAGGGAGUUGGCUCAGAAUGCUGUUGAUGCAAAUGCUACAGUCCUGGACGUCUAUUUCGAUCUGCAUGCGUUGGAUCUGGUGGUUACAGAUAAUGGGAGUGGAAUUUCACCCCAGGAUAUGAAUCUAGUCGGUUGCCAGAGCUAUACUUCUAAGAUGGCCCAGCUAGAUGACCUGACCAGUAUACAGACCUACGGUUUCAGAGGUGAAGCCCUUCAUUUCCUAUCAACGGUUGCUGAUAUCACUAUUUACAGCAAGUCGAAAGAUUACAACUCAACAUGGGUACGAGCGUUUCCUGGUGAGGCCAGGAUGUUGUGUGAAGGUGAUGAUGAUGCUUCGGCAAAAUAUAAGGUUGAGCCAUUCAAUAAGGACAGUUCUGGGACCACGGUACUGAUCACAAAUAUGCUGCAUAAUCUCCCCGUGAGAAGACAAAUGGUCUCCCAGGACCCAGAAUUCAAGACCUGCAACAUUAUAAAGGAUGACAUGUUUCAACUUUUAAUGAGGAAACCCUAUUUACAAGUUACCGUACGAUACACUAAUACAAAGAAAGAGGAAAAAAUUUUAUUUGAGUCGAAAUCCGUAACACAAUCAGAUGACACUUAUGAAGCAUACUUUCAAAUCGUUAAAAACAUAUAUGGCAGUGUAAUCCCAUCUAACGUUCUAAAAAAAGUGUCACUUUCUUUCAAAGAAUUUCAACUAAACGGUGUGAUUUCUAAAUCACCAAUACGAUUCAAGGAAUUUCAGUUUAUCUAUAUAAACGGUAGGAAAUGGUGCAGCCCUUCAUUUAUGAAAGUUAUAGGUAAUUUGUUUACUUCUGCUGGAUUUGGCCUUUAUGAUGUAAAAAACGCAGGCCAGAAAACAGGUGGGAAAACUUAUAAUCAAUACCCAAUGUUUUUUCUUAACUUGGAAUGUCCUCUCACGAUCAAUGAUCUCAUACAAGACCCUUCAAAACACAUAUUCGAACCGUCAUUUGCUCAUAUUCUAAAGCCCCUAGUUUUAAAAGUACUUAAAUCUUUUUUGAAAUACCAAGGCUAUUCUGCUUCUAUUGACAUCCAAGCGCACCAGAACAAUAGUCCCACUAAAUCUCGAAGUGAAAUCAAGGCUUCAAUGCCUUUGAUAUUACCCAUUAAGAGAAACUACAGUAUUUUAGAUACAAAAAUGAAAUUUGCCAAAAUUGCUUCAAAGGGUCCUAGCGUUGAAAAUCAAGAUCGCAUCAGCCAUCAAGCAAUAAGCCGACAACGAUUUAAACCCGUUUUCAAUCAAGCUAAAUUAAAUCAACUCAAAGAGAAUUUGAAAGUUCACCAUAUUCAACAAGACUGUUGGCUAGAUAUCAAAAAUGUCAAUAGAAACACUAAUUUAGAUUCAAAAGAAAUAGAAUUACAUAUCACUCGCGAACAAUUGAUUAAAUGUAAAGUGAUUAAUCAGCUUGAUAAUAAAUUUAUCUUACUGAAGUCUCCUUCAGAGAAAAUCUCUUCAUAUGGCUUGUAUAUCUUAGACCAACAUGCAUGCGAUGAAAGAAUCAAGCUAGAAGCACUUUUACAAGAUUUUAUACUCGAGGUUAUAAGCACUACUGUGUAUUCAAAAUCAGUUAGUAAUUGUAGCUUUGAAGUAAAUAUUACAGAAUUAGGAUUACUACAGCAUUAUAAAGGCGAAUUCCAGCGAUGGGGUGUCUAUUAUGAUGUGAAGGAGAGCCCUAACGAGGAUCCUAAGCUAGUAAUAUUGUCACUUCCAGAGUGUACAUUUCAAAAAUUCAAUGAUGACAACACUUUUUUAAAAGCUGGCCUAUUAGAACACGCCCAUGCAUUGAGAUUGGGCAAAAAGUUUCCCAUAGCUAAGAUUUUAUGUUCAAAGCCUGAUGAAACACUCAAUGAUAAUAUGUGGUGGAAAUACAUGAAUUGUAUACCACUAUUUUUAAGAGAUAUUUUCAAUUCCAAGGCAUGCAGGUCUGCAAUCAUGUUCGGUGACAAUUUACUUUUGAAUGAAUGUGAAAUACUGCUCAAGAAUCUAACUGCAUGUAAAAUGCCAUUUCAGUGUGCACAUGGAAGACCUUCCGUCGUCCCAAUUACAGGAAUUGAAAUGUCUACCAACAUCUUAGACACAGCUUUCUCCUUCAACAUUCAGCACCCCGACUAUGACAUAUAA